AUUUCAGUCCGCUUCGUUCAUCGCCUCCUCAGCGGCCGUUCCGACCUCUUUACACCCGUUCAGAAGAAAUGGGAACGCCUUGAUUUAAACCCCGACAUCGGCGAUACACGAGCUCUCCAGUCUCUAGUUGGACCCAGAUUAUCAUUCUUCGUACCGCCGUCCAUCGUCUCUGUGCCUAAAAGAAAAGACGGUGAAGAGACUACAUGUCCCAGAACCCCCUGUGAGAGUGAGCGAGAGAGCAGCUUCUUCCCUGUCCGUGUUUCCUCUCUCUGUCCGUCUGCUUGGUUGGAUGAGUCCCAAACAGAGACAGAACUGUGAGCAGUGAUUGGGCGCUGAGCCAGACCGGGUAGCCAACGGGGAGCCAGGCUAGCCAUCAUGGCAGACGUGGACCCAGACACUCUGCUGGAAUGGCUGCAGAUGGGUCAGGGCGAUGAGCGGGACAUGCAGCUCAUCGCCCUGGAGCAGCUCUGCAUGCUGCUGCUCAUGUCUGACAACGUCGACCGCUGCUUCGAGACCUGUCCUCCUCGGACGUUCCUCCCGGCGCUCUGUAAGAUCUUCUUGGAUGAGAGCGCUCCAGAUAACGUGUUGGAGGUCACGGCCCGAGCCAUCACCUACUACCUGGACGUGUCGGCGGAGUGCACCCGGAGGAUCGUGGGAGUGGACGGAGCCAUCAAGGCGCUGUGUAAUCGGCUGGUGGUGGUGGAGCUCAACAACAGGACCAGCAGAGACCUGGCCGAGCAGUGUGUCAAGGUGCUUGAACUGAUCUGCACCCGAGAGUCUGGUGCUGUGUUCGAGGCCGGCGGUCUGAACUGUGUGCUGAGUUUCAUCAGAGACAGCGGCCACCUGGUCCAUAAAGACACCCUGCACUCAGCUAUGGCCGUGGUGUCCCGGCUCUGCAGUAAGAUGGAACCUCAGGACUCGUCUCUGGAGACCUGCGUCGAGUCUCUGUCCAGCCUCCUCAAACAUGAAGACCACCAGGUGUCAGACGGUGCUCUACGCUGCUUUGCCUCAUUGGCCGACAGGUUCACUCGCCGCGGCGUGGACCCCGCUCCUUUAGCCAAACAUGGCCUGACGGAGGAGCUGCUGUCCCGGAUGGCGGCCGCCGGCGGCACCGUGUCGGGCCCCGCCUCCUCAUGUAAGCCUGGCCGGACCUCGACAGGUGCCACCCCCUCAGCUCCCGACUCCAAACUGAGCAACCAGGUGUCAACCAUCGUCAGCCUGCUGUCCACGCUGUGCAGGGGCUCGCCGCUCGUCACACAUGACCUGUUGCGUUCGGCGCUGCCUGACUCCAUGGAGUCUGCUCUGGGGGGAGAUGAGCGCUGCGUGCUGGACACCAUGCGACUGGUGGACCUCCUGCUGGUGCUUCUGUUCGAGGGACGAAAGGCACUGCCCAAGUCCACGGCGGGGUCAACAAGUCGGAUCCCCGGCCUCCGACGUUUAGACAGUUCAGGGGAGAGAUCGCACCGACAGCUCAUCGACUGUAUCCGCAGCAAAGACACAGACGCUCUGAUCGACGCCAUCGACACCGGAGCUUUCGAGGUGAACUUCAUGGACGAUGUUGGACAGACGCUUCUCAACUGGGCUUCAGCUUUCGGCACACAGGAAAUGGUGGAAUUUCUGUGUGAAAGGGGGGCCGAUGUCAACAGAGGUCAGAGGUCAUCUUCACUACACUACGCUGCCUGUUUCGGACGCCCGCAAGUAGCCAAGACUCUUCUGCGUCACGGAGCCAACCCUGACCUGAGAGACGAGGACGGAAAGACUCCUCUGGACAAGGCCAGGGAGAGAGGACACAGUGAGGUGGUGGCCAUACUGCAGUCCCCUGGAGACUGGAUGUGUCCGGUGAACAAGGGCGACGACAAGAAGAAGAAAGAUGUGAACAAGGAGGAGGAGGAGGGCAGCGAGCCCAAAGGAGACCCAGAAAUGGCUCCGAUCUACCUGAAGAGACUGCUGCCUGUUUUUGCACAAACCUUUCAGCAAACCAUGCUGCCUUCUAUUAGGAAAGCCAGUCUGGCUCUGAUCAGGAAGAUGGUUCACUACAGCAGUGAAGUGCUGCUGAAGGAGGUGUGUGACAGUGAGACGGGACACAACCUCCCCACUGUGCUGGUGGAGAUCACUGCUACUGUCCUGGACCAGGAGGAUGACGAUGACGGUCACCUCCUGGCUCUGCAGAUCAUCAGAGACCUGGUGGACAAAGGUGGAGACAUUUUCCUCGACCAGCUGGCUCGACUGGGAGUCAUCAACAAGGUGUCCACUCUGGCUGGACCGGCGUCUGAUGAUGAGAACGAGGACGAAGCAAAGCCUGAGAAGGAGGAGGAGGUGCAGGACGAUGCAAAGGAGAUCCAGCAGGGGAAACCGUAUCAUUGGAGGGACUGGUCCAUCAUCAGAGGCAGAGACUGUCUCUACAUCUGGUCGGACGCUGCCGCUCUUGAGCUCUCCAACGGAUCCAACGGCUGGUUCAGGUUCAUCCUGGAUGGAAAGCUGGCCACCAUGUACUCCAGUGGGAGUCCAGAGGGGGGGUCAGACAGCUCCGAGUCUCGCAGCGAGUUCCUGGAGAAGCUGCAGCGGGCGAGGAGUCAGGUGAAACCAGUAACAGCCAGUCAGCCAAUCCUGUCCAGUGUGGGUCCCACUAAGCUGACUGUGGGGAACUGGUCUCUGACCUGUCUGAAGGAUGGAGAGAUCGCCAUCCACAACUCGGACGGACAGCAGGCCACCAUCCUGAAGGAGGACCUGCCGGGCUUUGUCUUCGAGUCUAACCGGGGAACCAAGCACUCCUUCACCGCUGAGACAUCGCUGGGUUCUGAGUUUGUGACGGGCUGGACGGGGAAGCGAGGCAGGAAGCUUAAGUCGAAGCUGGAGAAGACGAAGCAGAAGGUGAAGAGCAUGGCGAGGGAGCUGUACGACGACCACUUCAAAGCUGUGGAGAGCAUGCCCAGAGGAGUGGUGGUCACCCUGAGGAACAUCUCCACACAGCUGGAGUCUGCCUGGGAGCUGCACACCAACAGACAGUGUAUUGAGGGGGAGAACACGUGGAGGGACCUGAUGAAAACAGCUCUGGAGAACUUGAUCGUAGUUUUGAAAGAUGAAAACACGAUUUCUCCAUAUGAGAUGUGCAGCAGCGGCCUGGUCCAGGCUCUGUUUACGGUCCUCAACAAUAGUGUGGAACUGGACCUGAAACAGGACUGUAAGCCUUUAAUGGAGAGGAUCAAUGUCUUUAAGGCGGCUUUCAGCGAGAAUGAAGACGAUGAAAGCCGACCAGCUGUUGCCUUAAUCCGUAAACUGAUAGCUGUCCUGGAGUCAAUUGAACGUCUACCUCUGCACCUGUAUGACACUCCAGGAUCCUCAUACAACCUGCAGAUCUUGACGAGGAGGUUACGUUUCCGUCUGGAGCGAGCGUCGGGCGAGACGGCUCUGAUCGACCGGACCGGCCGCAUGUUGAAGAUGGAACCGCUCGCUACUGUGGAGUCUCUGGAGCAGUACCUGCUGAAGAUGGUGGCGAAGCAGUGGUACGACUUUGAGCGCUCGUCCUUCGUCUUUGUGAGGAAGCUGAGGGAAGGACAGACCUUCACCUUUAGGCACCAACAUGACUUUGAUGAGAACGGCAUCAUCUACUGGGUUGGAACCAAUGCCAAGACGGCGUACGAGUGGGUAAACCCUGCUGCCUAUGGCCUGGUGGUGGUUACAUCAUCAGAGGGGCGGAACCUUCCCUAUGGGCGGUUGGAGGAUAUCCUGAGUCGGGAUAGCUCCGCCCUCAACUGCCACACCAACGACGACAAGAACGCCUGGUUCGCUGUCGACCUCGGCCUCUGGGUCAUUCCAUCAGCGUACACCCUGAGACACGCCAGGGGUUAUGGCCGCUCUGCGUUGAGGAACUGGGUGUUUCAGGUGUCGAAGGACGGUCAGAACUGGUCAACCCUCUACACUCAUGUGGAUGACUGCAGCCUCAACGAGCCUGGAUCGACGGCCACGUGGCCUCUGGACCCAUCCAAAGACGAGAAGCAGGGCUGGAGACACAUCAGGAUCAAACAGAUGGGGAAGAACGCCAGCGGUCAGACUCACUACCUGUCCCUGUCUGGACUCGAGCUGUAUGGGACCGUCACCGCCGUCUGUGAGGACCAGCUUGGUAAAGCUGUGAAGGAGGCGGAGGCGAACCUCCGCCGCCAGCGCCGCCUGUUUCGUUCCCAGGUGAUGAAGUACAUUGUUCCCGGGGCGCGGGUCAUCCGCGGCAUCGACUGGAAGUGGCGAGACCAAGAUGGAAACCCAGCUGGAGAGGGCACCGUCACCGGAGAGGCCCACAAUGGCUGGAUUGAUGUAACCUGGGAUGCUGGCGGCUCUAACUCUUACCGUAUGGGCGCUGAAGGGAAGUUUGACCUCAAGCUUGCUCCAGGGUACGACCCUGAGUCGGCUGCCACAGCGCCGUCACCCAAACCUGUCUCAUCCACUGUUUCAGGCCCCGCCUCCUCCACGGUGGGACCCUCCGCGACACAGACGGCCAGCGGCGGCAGCACCACCACUACCUCCACGUCCUCGUCCUCCCAGCAGCAGUCAUGGAGCAGCCUGAUGAAAAAUAACUGUCCCGACAAGGGCGGGGCCACGUCGCUCGGCGGGGCCAGCUCCAGCAGGAAGGGCAGCAGCAGCUCCGUCUGCAGUGUCGCCUCAUCCUCCGACAUCAGCCUGAGCUCCUCUGCUGGGCUACCAGGGGCGGGGGCUCUGCGACUGGAGAGGAGGGCCGAGGGGCUGCUGCUCGACCAGGGCUCCGGGGUGGGAGGAGUAACCGGGGGGGGCGGCGGUUCUGACGGACAGCAGCAGGAGCCGAUCGUCGUGCUGUCGUCCGCGGUGGAGAGCGGGCCCGGCUCAGCGUCCAGCUCUGGCACGCUCACUGCCGACACACCCGCCCCCGGAGACGAAGCCAGAAAUAAGGACUCAUCCGCGGCGACCACCGACCCGGCAACGGCCAUCUCCAUGGGCCUGGUGAGCGUGAGCUCCCCUGACGUCAGCUCGGUGUCGGAGUCAUCCAGCAAGGACACGCCUUCCCAGAGGCCUCUGUGCUCGGCAGCUAACGCCCGGCUGUCGGUCAGCUCGCUGCUGGCUGCCGGCGCUCCCAUGAGCUCCAGCGCCAGCGUUCCCAACCUGUCGUCCCGCGAGGCCAGUCUCAUGGAGUCCUUCGUCCGCCGUGCGCCCAACAUGUCUCGCACCAACGCCACCAAUAACAUGAACCUGAGUCGCAGCAGCAGCGACAACAACACCAACACGCUGGGCAGGAACGUCAUGAGUACUGCAACUUCUCCUCUCAUGGGCGCUCAGAGCUUUCCUAACCUCACCACCACUGGCACCACCUCCACCGUUACCAUGUCAACCUCCAUAGUAACCAGCAGUAAUAACGUAGCCACGGCCACCACGGGUCUGUCGGUUGGCCAGUUACUAAGCAACACCCUGACGACCAGCCUGACGUCCACGUCCAGUGAGAGUGACACAGGCCAGGAGGCUGAAUUCUCUCUCUAUGACUUCUUGGACAGCUGUCGUGCCAACACGUUGUUGGCCGAGCUGGACGACGAGGAGGACCUCCCAGAGCCCGACGAUGACGACGACGAGAACGAAGACGACAAUCAGGAGGACCAGGAGUACGAGGAGGUCCUGGAGGAGGAGGAGUACGAGACCAAAGGAGGCCGCAGGAGGACGUGGGACGAUGACUUUGUGCUAAAGAGACAGUUCUCAGCUCUGGUUCCUGCCUUCGACCCCCGACCAGGAAGAACCAACGUCCAGCAGACCACCGACCUCGAAAUCCCCCCACCAGGAACUCCACGUUCGGAGGUUCAGGAGGAGGUGGAGUGCGCUCCGUCUCCUCACCUCGCUCUCACCCUGAAGGUGGCGGGGCUCGGUACGACCCGGGAGGUGGAGCUUCCUCUGUCCAACUACAAGUCCACCAUCUUCUACUACGUCCAGCGUCUGCUGCAGCUCUCCUGCAACGGAGCCGUGAAGACGGACAAACUGCGGCGCAUCUGGGAGCCGACGUACACGAUAAUGUACAGAGAGCUGAAGGACUCUGAUAAAGAGAAGGAGAGCGGGAAGAUGGACUUCUGUGAGCACAGUAUCGGGGGUCGUUCUGGUGGUCUGAGCCCGAGUUCGGUGGCAGCCAAUCAGAGCAGUGAGAUCCUGGGCGGGCCCAGAGAGGCGGCACAGGCGAAGGCGGGCUGCAUCCAGAACGCCUGCGGGGUGGAGGACGUCCUGCAGCUGCUACGCAUCCUCUACAUCAUCGGGGGAGACGCUGCGUCCAACGCACGCACGCUGCAGGAGGAUGUGGACGAGCUGCAGUUCAAUGCCUCUCCAGAGGAGUUCACCAGUAAGAAGAUCACAACCAAGAUCCUGCAGCAGAUCGAGGAGCCUCUGGCUCUGGCCAGUGGAGCGUUGCCCGACUGGUGUGAACAGCUCACCUCCAAGUGUCCUUUCCUCAUCCCCUUUGAGACCCGACAGCUCUACUUCACCUGCACCGCCUUCGGAGCCUCCAGGGCAAUCGUGUGGCUGCAGAACCGGCGGGAGGCCACCAUGGAGCGCUCUCGGCCGUCCACAACGGUGCGGCGCGACGACCCCGGAGAGUUCAGGGUGGGCCGCCUCAAACACGAGCGAGUCAAAGUCCCCCGAGGAGACGCCAUGAUGGAGUGGGCUGAGUCCGUCAUGCAGGUCCACGCUGACAGGAAGUCCGUGCUGGAGGUGGAGUUUCAGGGCGAGGAGGGAACAGGUCUCGGUCCGACUCUGGAGUUCUACGCUCUGGUGGCUGCAGAGUUUCAGCGAACGUCUCUGGGAAUCUGGCUGUGUGACGACGACUUCCCGGACGACGAGUCGCGACAGGUGGACCUGGGCGGCGGUCUGAAGCCUCCUGGUUUCUACGUGCAGCGGUCCUGUGGUCUGUUCCCGGCUCCGUUCCCUCAGGACAGCGAGGAGCUGGAGCGAAUCACCAAGCUCUUUCACUUCCUGGGCGUCUUCUUGGCCAAGUGCAUUCAGGACAACCGGCUGGUGGACCUGCCCGUGUCCCAGCCUUUCUUCAAGCUGCUCUGCAUGGGGGACAUCAAGUCCAACAUGAGCAAGCUGCUGUACCAGUCUCGCAGCUCGCCGCAGGGUCACGACCCGGAGCGCCCCCACCUGCAGCCCUUCCUGCUGCUGUCCGAGGUGCAGUCGGAGGCGUCCACCGAGGAGAGCCAGGAGACCUACUCCGUGGGCAGCUUCGACGAGGACUCCAAGUCCGAGUUCAUCAUGGACCCGCCAAAACCUAAACCGCCGGCUUGGUACCACGGCAUCCUGACCUGGGACGACUUCCAGCUGGUGAACCCACACAGGGCCACGUUCCUGAAGGAGGUCAAGGAGCUGGCGGUGAAGAGGAGGCAGAUUCUGGCGAGUAAGAGUUUAUCUGAAGACGAGAAGAACACGAGGCUGCAAGACCUGAUGCUGAGGAACCCGCUCGGCUCCGGACCGCCGCUCAGCAUCGAGGACCUCGGGUUAAACUUCCAGUUCUGUCCGUCCUCAAAGGUUCACGGAUUCUCAGCUGUGGACCUGAAACCGAACGGAGACGACGAGAUGGUGACCAUGGAGAAUGCAGAGGAGUACGUGGAGCUGAUGUUUGAUUUCUGUAUGCACACCGGCAUCCAGAAACAGAUGGAGGCCUUCAGAGAGGGUUUUAAUCGAGUCUUUCCGAUGGAGAAGUUGAGCUCUUUCAGCCAUAAGGAGGUCCAGAUGAUCCUCUGUGGGAACCAGUCCCCUUCCUGGACAGCUGAUGACAUCAUUAACUACACUGAGCCAAAGCUGGGUUACAGCAGAGACAGUCCUGGCUUCCUGCGGUUCGUCAGAGUGUUAUGUGGGAUGUCGUCUGAUGAGAGGAAAGCCUUCCUCCAGUUCACCACCGGCUGCUCCACGCUGCCCCCUGGUGGCCUCGCCAACCUGCACCCCCGCCUCACCAUCGUCAGGAAGGUCGACGCCACUGACUCCAGUUACCCGUCAGUCAACACGUGUGUUCACUACCUGAAGCUUCCUGAAUAUUCCUCUGAGGACAUCAUGAGAGAGCGUCUGUUAGCCGCCACCAUGGAGAAAGGCUUCCACCUCAACUGA